AUGCUCGGCAGGCUGUCUGGCGCCGGCCUCAGGCGGCUGCGCUCGGCGAUCGCAGGCGCGGGGCCCGUGGCCUCGGCAUUCGGAUCGGGCGGCAAGGCGUUCGGGACGUCGGCCUUGGCAGCUUCCACCAACAGCCAUGAUGUUUUCAAUACGCACAGGGACGCGCCGGACAACAACCGAGAGACCGAGUUUGACUUCACGCCGGCGAACUAUAAAAUUGCAAACGAAAUCAUCUCUCGGUAUCCACCGAACUACAAGCAGUCGGCUGUGAUCCCGCUCCUGGAUCUGGCCCAGCAGCAGUAUGGAGGGUGGCUUCCUCUGGCUGCCCUCAACCGUGUGGCUGCAGUGCUGGAUAUGCCUGAGAUCAGAGUCUAUGAGGUGGCCACUUUCUAUACCAUGUUCAACCGUUCAAAGGUGGGCAGAUACCACGUGAUGGUGUGCGGCACGACACCCUGCAUGCUCCAGGGCUCUCGUGAGGUAUCCAAGGCCAUUAGUGACCACCUCGGUAUAGGCGUGGGCAGCACCACAAAAGAUGGGCUCUUCACCUUGGGAGAGAUGGAAUGCAUGGGUUGCUGCGUGAAUGCGCCCAUGAUCGCUGUUGCUGACUACUCCAACGGUGUGGAAGGCUUCUCCUACAACUACUAUGAGGACCUCACACCAGCAGAUGCAAUACGGAUCGUGGACAUGCUGAAGCGGGGAGAAAAGCCCAAGCUGGGGUCGCAGUACAGGAGCAAGGCAGAGCCCGUUGGGGCAGUGCAGAGUGGCAAGUGGGUGGGGUAUGAGUCUGUUGGGGAGACCACACUGGCUGGCAAGCCAUCUGGACCAUACUGUCGCGACCUGGAUGCAGUGGUCUUGGAGGAAGCUAAAAAGUGA